AUGAUACUCAUACCGCUUUACUGCUUCGUAUAUAUCAUAGUCUCGCUCUCACACACUGCAUACGCUUGGGCUCCAUCAAACAGCUAUGCCCCAUCAUACAUGGACUGUAAGCAAGCCCUGGGGUCCGCUUUCAACGAGGACUUCUCCCUCAUAAGAGAGGCAGACUCCAUCUCCCACAACGAGUCCCUCUGGCUACAGAAAAGAAUGCAAAACACAAGAGAACCAUUGCUUCAAUUCCUAAAUAGAUCUCUAACAUCCCUCAACACAUCCUCUUCUUUCGACACCGCUGCAUUACUAUCGUCCCUAAUGGGCUCCGAUUCAGCAUCACAACCAAAGAUAGGGAUCGCUGUCUCUGGUGGUGGUUAUAGAUCCAUGCUCACAGGCGCUGGUAUCCUCGCCGCAAUGGAUAAUAGAACAAGAGGCGCUCAACAUCAUGGUCUGGGCGGUUUGUUACAAUCAACUACAUAUUUAAGUGGUGCUUCGGGGGGUAACUGGUUGGUUGGUACCCUGGCUUAUAAUAACUGGACCUCUGUACAGUCCAUCAUUGAUAAUUUUAAUGAAUCUGAUUCCAUUUGGGAUUUAUCUGAAUCAAUAGUCUCACCAGGUGGGAAAAAUAUUUUCAAAUCAGCAAGAAGAUGGGAUCACAUCUCGGAUGCUCUACAGGAUAAACAAAAGGCCGGGUUUGAUACCUCGCUGGCCGACGUUUGGGGAAGAGCACUAUCUUAUAAAUUCUUCCCAUCUUUGUAUAGAGGUGGGGUCGCAUAUACUUGGUCUUCUUUAAGGGAUUCCCCCGUUUUCACAGAGGGUCAAAUGCCCUUCCCCAUUUCAGUGGCUGAUGGAAGAUACCCAGGUUCCAAAGUCUUGAAUUUGAAUGCUACUGUGUUUGAAUUCAACCCUUUUGAAAUGGGAUCUUGGGAUCCUUCAUUGAACACUUUCACUGAUGUCAAAUUCUUGGGUACAAAUGUAUCUGCUGGGAAACCCAUUGAUUCACAAAGAUGUGUCCAGGGAUUUGAUAAUACUGCCUUCAUUAUGGGUACUUCAUCUACACUUUUCAAUCAAUUUUUAUUAAGAAUAAAUUCUACAAAUUUACAUUUACCAGGAUUCAUUACAAAAUUGGCAACACAUUUCUUAAAGGAUAUUUCACAAGAUUUUAAUGACGUCGCUACAUAUCAUCCAAAUCCAUUUAAAGAUGCAAAUUUCAUCGACGCAAACUAUACAAAGAGUAUCGUUAAUUCAAAAUCAUUAUAUCUAGUGGAUGGAGGUGAAGAUGAUGAAAAUAUCCCAUUAUUACCCCUAAUUCAACGUGAAAGAGAUUUGGAUAUAGUAUUCGCCAUCGAUAACUCAAUGGAUAUGAAAUUGGCAUGGCCAGAUGGGUCCUCCCUAGUACACACUUUUGAAAGACAAUUUGUUAGACAGGGACAAGGAAUGGCUUUCCCCUACGUUCCAGGUACUGACACUUUUGUCAAUUUAGGAUUAAAUCAAAAACCAACAUUUUUCGGUUGUGACGCUCAUAAUUUGACAGAUUUGGAAUACAUCCCUCCCUUGGUCAUCUAUUUACCAAAUAAACAAUAUUCAUUCCCAAGUAAUCAAAGUGCGUUCAAAUUAUCAUACACAGAAGAACAAAGAAGAGCUAUGAUCUCCAAUGGGUUCGAAAUAGCAACAAGAAAUAACUUCACAGAUGAUCCUGAUUUCUUAGGAUGUAUCGGUUGUGCCAUCAUUAGAAGAAAGCAACAAUCUUUGAAUUUAACCUUACCUGAAGGUUGUAACACUUGUUUCACCAAUUAUUGUUGGAAUGGAACAUUGGACACCACUCCAUUACCCGAUAACAAGAAGGAUAUCCAUAAUUCUUUCAUUAAUGUUGGGGUCAAUAGAACGGAUGCUAAUGCCAAAUCUGACCCCUACGUCCAAUUGCAUCAUCAUGAUGAAUAUUCUGAAGCUGUCGAACAAGCUCAAGAAACUGAUACUGUUCAAGCUUCUGACUUACCUCAUUCGUACCAGAAGAAAGACUCUCAUAAUAACAACAACAAUAAUAACAUGCCAGGUGGACCAAUAAUUAAUAUUAAAGUCAUUAUGGCUUUACUAUGUCUAAUUACAUUCAUGGUCGGGUUCAUAUAA